AUGGCUGCUGCUGCUGAGAGUGGACAGUCACCUUUGCCAGCAGAUUCUUUGGAAGCUCUAAAGCAAGAGAUUUUAGCUUUUCUAAUGGAUGAUAAGGUGAAAAUAGUUGUCCUUUCCGGAGAAACGGGAGUAGGGAAAACAUGGAUGGCAAGAGAGGUAAGUAAUUCAUACAUCCUCAAGGUUUCAUCCUGUAAAACUCUUUGGAUGGUUCUGAGAAAUAAGUAUGAGGAAAGAGCUUUUCUUGAGGAUAUUGCCAUUCAGCUGUCUGUAUUACCUUCUAAUGAGGAAUGGGAGGGAGAUGAUAAAAAUGCUGAGAAGGAGCAGGAGGAAGAAAAGGAAUUGGAAAGUCUGAAACAGGAAAUCCGGGAUAAGCUUGAAGCGACUAGACCUGCAGAAUCUGGAGAAACAGAAGAAGCGAAGUCAGAAUGGAAUGCUUCUGGAAAGCCUGACAAGAAGGCAACGGUGAAGGUUGAUCAGAAAAAAACCAAAAAAAAGCCGUAUCUUCUUGUUAUUCUGGAUGAUAUUACUGAUGAGGACCAAGAGAAAAUUGUGACUGCUUUAGAUAGCCUGCUUCAUGAUCACCUUCUUAAGGUUUUGAUCACAAGAAGGGGCAGUGACAUUGAUGCUGGCUCUGAAGGAAUCAGGGGUACAAUUCCGACAGAAGAUGGAAAGAUAAUAUCAUGUAAAAUCAAAUUCCUGUCUGAUGCUGACUCAUCGAACUUAUUGAAGAAUAGGGUCAAGGAAGAAGUUUCUAGCGCAACAGGGUUCAAAAGACUGUCUGAUGCUAUUGGUGGUAGUACCUCAGGUCGUCCCGGGAUAAUUCUCAUGAUUGCAGAAGCCUUGAAUCGUGUUGAGGACUUGAAACUAGACAAUGCAGUUGAAGAAGCUGCCUCUGUUGUUGAAUCUGCUGAUAUCACAAGGUUAUUGAAGCAUGUUCUUGAUAUGUUGCCUAGCACCCUCAGCAAGUUCUACUGGCAUUGCAGAUACUUGUUUCGUGAAUGUAGUGGUAUCCACUACAAUGAGCUGAUAACUCACUGGCUACUGGAAGGAUACUUUGACAACCACGACCAUAUUGAGAAGGCAUAUGAGGAAGCUCAUUGUACUCUGAUGGACCUCAAAGUUCGUGGGUUUCUAAGAGAAAAGGCAAAUAAUUAUGUUCAUAUGGAAAGUGAUGCUUUGAAAUUCCCUGAUCUCCAGUGUCAUGGAUUUGAUGGGUCUUCUCGUCUUGGUAUGGCUACUGUGUUGAAGGACAAAAAGUGGGCUGGUCUUGGGAGGGUUGCACAGACAGAUGGGAUGAUCAAGACAAAUCGUGGAGGAGGUAUGAUAUCAACGCUCCUUAUUGAAGGUGCUCGUCUUUUCAGGGAAGUCCCCGAAAGAUUCUUCAGACCCAUGGAACAACUCAAAAUUCUGGUCAUCUUAAAUCCUAAGUUCAAACAUAUUCCCUCACCACUGUCUAUGUUGAAGGAGCUUCAAGUGCUUGUUCUGCGGGGAUGUAAUCUACUGGAGAAAGUAGAUGAGAUCCAUGAACUUACAAAGUUACUAGUUCUUGAGAUUUCUGGGGCUUGUUUGAUAACAAAUAUCCAAGAAGAUCUUUUCAAGCAGAUGGAAGAACUUACAUCUCUUAACCUAUCUGAAGUUGGCAUUGAGUCACUUCCUUCUUCUGUCCUUAAUCGGAGUAAGCUCCGUUGGCUCAUCCUAAGAAAGUGUCCAAAUUUGAAAGAAUUUUAUGGUCUGAAAUCUUUGGAAAAUCUGGAAGUGCUCGAUCUCUCUGGUUCAUUCUCUUUUAAAAGAAUCAGGGACAAGACCCUUGCUCCUCUUGAAAAGAUUCAAACUCUCAACCUUUCUCAAACAAAGAUUGACCGCUUGCCUAUUUUUCAUAAGUUGGGAGGUCUAACCCGACUCCUAGUAAGUGACUGUCCCUCCUUGGCAAGGCUGCCAUCCCUUCAACCAUUAACUAGACUUGAGAUUCUCGAUCUUUCGGGGGCUACAUCCUUGGAAGAAAUACAAGAUGAUUCUCUGGAUGGACCCCUUAGAAUUCUCAAUCUGUCUGGUAGUGCUGUAAAUAAGCUACCUGAGAAAAUCAGCAACCUAUCACAUCUUCUUUUAAGCCGUUGUCAUUCUCUUGAAUGUUUACCAUCCACACAGAACCUCAAUCACCUUGAGGAACUGGACCUUUCUAAUGCCAUCAAAUUUGUGAACUUCAACGAUGACUCAUUUAAACAUCUUAAAUCCCUUCGCCGUUUCAUCCUCUCGGAGUCUAAAAUAAAAUCUCUGCCAUCAUUUCCCGACCAUUCUGAACUUCGUUUUCUCCUGCUAAUAAAAUGUAAAUCCCUUACUGAGGUGCAGAACUUGAGUGUACUUAAGAAGCUGGAAGCUCUUGAUCUUUCAGGAUGCAGUGAGUUGGUGCUGGGACAGAAUGAAUCCUUUAAGCACAUGUCUCACCUCAUGAUGCUAAAUCUCUCAGAGACUAAAGUUGAAAGCCUUCGCUCGGAUUGCUUCCCUAGCAGCCUUCGCCGCCUAAUCAUGAGAAAUUGCACCCGUUUGAAAGACCUUCCUUCCCUUGAAGCUCUAUCAAACCUAGAGGAACUCGACCUCUGUGGUGCAGAAUCUUUGAGCAAUAUAAAAGUUGAAUUCCUUCAACAUUCGAGUAAACUCAGGAUUCUGAACCUCUCCAAAAUAAAAUUUAAAAAAUUGCCAUCCGUGUCCCACCUCACGAAUCUAAGGGAACUCUCACUGAGAGGUGGUUUUUGUAAAGUGUCAGAUCUGGAGGCACUCAAAGAACUUGAGCAGCUGGAUCUAUCAGAGACGGAAGUUGAGUCUUUGCAAUUCCUUGAGACUUUUAGCAACCUCCGACGAUUGUUGCUAAGGAAAUGUGCUGGUUUGAAGGACUUGAAAUUUUUUAAAUCACUUAGGGAAUUGGAGGUUCUGGAUCUUUCUGGAACAAAUAUAGAAGACUAUCCCUAUGAGAUCUCGGAUCUGAGUGGUCUUUGUAAGCUUGAUCUACAGGUUAUGAAGCAUGCUGAAGAGAUUGAUUGGAAGAAGAUAAAGUAUGUACCGGACAAGUUCAACUUGAAAUGUUGCGGAUCUGGAAGUCCUGAGAAAUCUGAUUCUGAUAGUACUGGCUGGCCUUCCAUAUCAACAUGUGGUACCCAAUUUCUCCAGUUCUUGGAGGGAUCAAAUCUGUGGAAUAUAUUCCAAAAGUUCCAUAUCUGUGUUUGGCUUUCAAAAGAGCUUCCACAAGAGAGAGACAAAAGGAUGUUCCACCGCCUUGGAGACAUUGGCAUAUUGAGGGAUAUGAACUCCCAGGGAAGAAUACCUCGUCAUAAAGAGCCACAGGGUUUUUUAGAGAUUCAUGGACCCUUUGGCUCUUCAAGUCUACCUAAAGUUGUUCUCAAGCAUGCUGAUCACAUAUCGCUGAUUGACACAAGCAUCAGUCACUUAUCUGAGCUUGGUGAAGAGUUUUUGGAAUCAAUAAAGAGCUUUUGGCUUGAGAGGUGCACGGAGAUCUGCAGUAUUGUAGAUGUAGAAGACAAUGCCAGAGUUUUGGGAAAUCUCAACUCUCUUUAUCUAUGUAAUCUCAUUUCCUUGCGAUCUGUAUGCAGUGAUAACUUUCAGUCUGAGUCUGACGUCUUCUUACAACUUGAGAGCUUGUACAUAGAGUAUUGCCCAAUGCUCACCAACAUUUUCCAACUGUCAAAGCCGCCAAAGAACCUCAAGACCCUCCAGGUCAAAUUUUGUGAUGAACUCAAAGAGCUAUUUAAACCUCAUGCGCCUGCAGAGUGCAAAUUGCGGACCUUGGAUCUUAUGGAGUUACCAAAGCUGGAGAGAAUUGGCGUGACAAUGGCCUCCUUGCAAGAAUUGAAAGUGAGAUGGUGUCCAAAUCUCAAUAGUUUAGAAGAAACUCUUGGAGAAGCCAAAAUUCUAGAGGUUCUCUAUAUUUCCGGUGCUGCUAAGCUGGAGACUCUAUGCAGUCAGAAAAUGAAGCCUGACAGCUUCAAGAAUCUGAAACAGCUUAAAAUCGAAUCCUGUCCCAAGCUCAAAGAAGUUUCUUCGUCAUCUCAUUCGCCGCCAAACCUGGAGAUUGUCAAGGUAAAAUCAUGCUACAGCUUGGAAACUAUUUUCGGAGGCAGAUCUGCAGCAGGUACUUCAUUGCCAAGACUCCAAGUGCAACUGUGCGACUUACCUGAGCUAAAAAGCACCGGGUUCAAAGUGCCGCGGCAAUCUCACGUCGUUAACUGCCAAAAACUGCCUAUAGGCUGA